UUAGCCACUGUGCAUAUGGCCUCUGAGUCCCAACAGCUUCCUGCCUGUAUGGACCAGCUGUCACGAGCUCCUGCUUUGAGGUGGGGUGACAGCCGAACAAAGGCUGCGUGUGGCCCUUCCGGUGUGGAAAGGACUUUGCUGGACUGUACAAAGAUGGCUGACAUGGAUAAUAAAGACCAGACCGAGCUGGACCCUGCAGAUGUGGAGGAUGUGGAAGAUGUGGACGAUGAGGAGACUGGGGAGGAUGUUAAUACCAAAGCUUGCCAGCUCACAGUCCAGAUGAUGCGGAACCCACAGGUGCUGGCGGCUCUACAGGAGCGGCUGGAUGGCUUGGUCGGGUCACCAUCAGGCUACAUGGAGAGUUUACCCAAGGUUGUCAAGAGGCGUGUCAAUGCCCUCAAGAACCUCCAAGUGAAGUGUGCCCACAUCGAAGCCAAGUUUUAUGAAGAGGUCCACGAGUUGGAAAGGAAGUACGCGGCCCUGUACCAGCCGCUCUUCGAGAAGCGGAGCGAUAUCAUCAAAGCGGCGUAUGAGCCUACGGACGAGGAAUGCGAGUGGAAGGCAGAUGAGGAGGAAGAGCUUACAGUAAGUAAGCAGGAGGAUAUGAAGGAAAAAGCCAAAGUGGAGGAAGAAAAAAAGGAUGAGGAGAAGGAGGACCCAAGGGGCGUCCCAGAUUUCUGGCUCACAGUGUUCAAGAACGUCGACUUGCUCAGUGAUAUGCUGCAGGAACACGAUGAACCCAUUCUCAAGCACUUACAAGACAUUAAAGUCAAGUUUUCGGAUCCCGACCAGCCAAUGAGCUUCACGUUAGAGUUCUACUUUGAGCCCAAUGACUUCUUCACAAACCGAAUGUUGACAAAAACCUACAAGAUGCGGUCAGAGCCUGAUGAGGCGGAUCCGUUCUCCUUUGACGGGCCGGAGAUCAUGGGCUGCACUGGUUGCCAGAUUGAUUGGACUAAGGGCAAAAACGUCACCCUGAAGACGAUAAAGAAGAAGCAGAAGCACAAGGGACGUGGCACAGUGAGGACGGUCACCAAGACUGUGCCCAAUGAUUCCUUUUUCAACUUCUUCAGUCCCCCUGAAGUCCCUGAAAAUGGAGAGCUGGACGAGGACUCUGAGGCCGUCCUCGCCGCUGACUUUGAGAUCGGCCAUUUCAUCCGCGAGCGCAUUGUGCCAAGGGCGGUGUUGUACUUCACUGGCGAGGCCAUCGAGGACGACGAUGACGAUUAUGAUGAAGAGGGUGAGGAGGCUGAUGAUGAGGAGGGUGAAGAGGAAGCAGAUGAGGAGAACGACCCAGAUUACGAGCCCAAGGUUUAAGUGAUGUCUGUAGGCAUAGCCCUCUCCUGAAGGACACGAAUCCACCAGCAGAGUGCAACCAACAGUGAAGCCGGAGCCCGUGGCCUUGGAGAGUAACUGCACUGUAACAGCUUCUGAAACAAAACAUAGUUACUUACAGCCUUAUAAUGUUUUAUAUAUUUUCUUGGUAGAAAUUAUGGAAUUUCAACAUUUUUGUUACCAAACUCGUAUAAUGGGGGCCAAUUCCAAGCCAUGGCUCAUUCUGCAUAGUAUUUUUAGUUUUUUUUUUUUUUUUUUUUUUUUCGUUUUAGGAUAAAUAGAAUGCAGUAACUCACUCAAAGCAUGAACUUAUUUCUCCACUGCUUGAUAGUUUUGGGUUCUUUGUGAAGUCUUGUUGUGCUGCUCUCAGACAACAGCUGUGGAAAGACAACCGAGUUCGUGGUGUGUGAUAGCCCGUGUUCACAAACCAAAUCCUCACUCUAAACAACCAGAGUAACCUAGCUGGUUGCCCCCCGCCCCUUUUUAUAUAUAUAAAAAAAAAUAGUAAAUCUGAGAUGGUGACCUCAUGUUUGUGGUUCUGCCGCGACCCUUGUUCUUCACGCCACUGCUCAGUCAUGUCUGCCCACACUUUUUACACCGCCAGCCAGUGUAAAUGGGUGAAAUUUGGGCCGCUUUGACCGCUGUGGUGUUGGUUGGUACCACUUUGGCUGUUAGGAGCGUCUGGAGUAUCCGGCACCGGGUGUAGUACAUUCCGUUGUACAGAUGGGACAUUUAUAAAUUCAUUUCAUUGGCAGCCAUGAUUGCUUUUGGGUUAGAUUUGUGAAAUGAAUUGCAUGUCAAAGCUGCUGAAUCCCCAGUCUUGUUUGGGUUGCCAUGUUUGUGGCUUUACUUUGCCGAGCUGAUGUGGCCCAGUCUGAUGCGUUCCAAAUUUUAUGUAGCAAGUUAGAGCACUAUGGGUAGCAGUGAGUAUUGGAUUCUUAUCCACAUUUCUAUGCUGGUGAAGUGUUGAUCUCCCUAGAUGGAGUCUGAGCACUUGUGUCUUCAGUGAGUGGUACCAUCACGUUGCUGCAAAGGGUGGUUUGACUGGAAUCCUCUUUGUCUGCUGAUGCCCACAAAGUGUUUUAUUGGGGUGAGGGGGGGGGUAAAUUUGUCCAGCACAUAAUCUUGGGGAAGGCAUAUAUCGCAUGAGUGUUUCGAGCUGGCUAAGGUUUGAAAUCCAGCAGCCCUGACUUUCAGCAGGAAGGAAAGGUGGUUAAACAAAUUAGAGUAACACAGGCUAAUUGCCAGCUGGUUUUCCCAGACUAUCACUGUGAAUGGAUGACUUUGUUUUUUUUUUUAACCUACCUUUGUAGCUGGAGAUGGGGUGUGGGGUCUGAAGUGGCAGUUUCUGCCCGAUGUUCAGGACCGCUUUCCCAGUUCGUCCUUGGACCUUCUCUGAUGGUUGCAGUAGGAUCAUUAACAGCACUUGGUUAACAGGAGCCGUGGUCACCUGGUUGGUCACGACACAUAGCCCACUUACUGUGGGCAAAGUGCUCCCGCAGUUGCUGCUGACGCACGUAACCUACACCAUAGGUGAUGUGGGAUAUCGAUGCAGUCCCAUUAUAAAACUGGAUUCUGAAGGGGUCCCUUUGGUGCAGCUGUUGUCAAAGCAUAAUGCUAUGCUACACAAAACUAAUGUACUCAAUUGUAUGUGUAUUGUAUAUUCAUGAAUAAAUUGGUUAAAUGUG